ACCCGCUCAGUUUUGUGUUCCACGCACAGAUCGAAAACCAUGCCACCAAAAGUAUCGUCAAAGGGAGCCAAGAAAGCCGGCAAGGCUAAAGCCGUACGCACCGGUGACAAGAAGAAGAAGAGGAGGAGAAAGGAAAGCUACAGCAUCUACAUUUACAAAGUGUUGAAACAAGUGCACCCUGACACUGGUAUCUCCUCAAAGGCCAUGUCAAUCAUGAACUCUUUUGUGAAUGACAUCUUUGAGCGCAUCUCAGCCGAGGCUAGCCGUUUGGCUCACUACAACAAACGCAGCACCAUCACAUCGAGGGAGAUCCAGACUGCCGUCCGUCUCUUACUCCCCGGUGAGCUGGCCAAGCACGCUGUCAGUGAGGGUACCAAGGCCGUCACCAAGUACACCACCAGCAAAUAAAUGAAUAAAACGCCCUUUUCACCCAACACAACGGCCCUUUUUAGGGCCUCCACUUUGUU